AUGUCAACACCAGGCGCACCACCAGCACAAGGUGCAGGUCAAGGCGGAAGACCUCGACAUUAUAGAAGACCACGGCGAGGCGGCGCACAGAACGGCACUGCUCCUGCCCCGGGAGCGCCGCGAGACUCACCAGCACAACCAGCCCAAGGAAACGCAGACACUGUUCCUCCAGCUCCAGUGGCGCCGCAGGCAGCUCCAGGCCUGAAUCCAAAUCCAAACCGAAGGAACAAUGGGCAAUCAAAUCGAGGCAGGGGCGGAAGGCCGGGUCAAAAAGGAGGAGCGCCCAGGCAUGUGAUGGGAGGUGUUGGGGGAAGAGCGUUUGGCGGGAAGCUCACAUCCGCAGGAGGAGCAAGCGGAAGCUCAGCAUCUUUAUCGCUGCAGGCUGACGCACCGGCAUUUACACCUGGUCAAACAGUAGUUCCCAGAACCACUGCCACUCACAACUACCCCCCGCCAAAUAUCGGGAGGCAGCGACGGCUUUCGAAGUCGCAGGCUGCGGAUAUUGCAACUAGAACCCACGAGGACAUCUUACACGGCUUAUACGAAUGUCCAAUCUGCACAAGCGAAGUGCUCAAGAACUCAAAGGUGUGGUCGUGCAAGACCUGCUGGACCGUUUUCCACCUGUCAUGCGUCAAGAAAUGGGCGAAGAACGAGGGGUCUACGCAGAAGAACCGACAGCAACUGCAGGAUGGAGAGCUGCCACCGGCGAGGCAAUGGAGAUGUCCUGGGUGCAAUCUACCCAAAGAUGAUAUGCCGGAGUCGUAUACGUGCUGGUGUGCAAAGGAUGUCGACCCAAAGGCCAUUCCUGGACUACCACCGCACUCAUGUGGACAAACCUGCGGGAAGCCUCGAGCACCACGGAAUUGCCCGCAUCCUUGUGACCUGAUAUGCCAUGCUGGACCAUGCCCGCCAUGUCCUCACAUUGGACCUGUACAGGCUUGUUUCUGUGGGAAGUACGAGGUUAGUAAGAGGUGCAUCGACACUCAUUACGACAGUGGCUGGAGCUGCGGCAAAAAGUGUGGUGAUAUGAUGCCCUGUGGCAAGCAUGAGUGCGAGAAGGGCUGCCAUGAAGGACUCUGCGGAAGCUGUGAAGUUCUCGUCGAAUCGCGUUGUUAUUGCGGAAAGGUUGAGAAGAUGAUGCCUUGCUCGGAUAGAGGCGACGAUAAGGACAGUAGCAUUGUGAAGGAGAGCAACGAGGUUGACAGCUGGACCGGAUCGUUCGAAUGUGGGAACGUUUGCAAACGUGCCUAUGACUGUGGACGCCAUUUUUGCGAGAAGAGCUGCCAUAAACAGACAGGCGAUGUACCACAUUGUCCACUAUCGCCGGAUGCCGUCACCUACUGCCCUUGCGGAAAGAGUACUUUGAAAGACCUGGACUGUACGAGAAUUUCCUGCGAGGAGCCCAUUCCGCAUUGUCAGAAGCUGUGCUUGAAACAGCUGGCUUGUGGACAUGAAUGCCAACAGAAAUGCCAUGAAGGAGAGUGCUUGCCUUGUCUCAAGGUAGUGCCCAUCGUCUGUCGAUGUGGACGAACGACGUCAUCAACUAUCUGCCACCAAGGUACGGAGACUCUCCCGCAGUGCAUGAGGAUUUGCAAGACAGCCCUCAACUGCGGACGACACGAGUGCGGAGAGCAUUGUUGCCCUGGCGAGAAGCCUGCUGGGGAACGCAUUGCAGCGAAGCGAAAGCAGAAGGUAUCUCGUGGGACAACGGAAGACUUUGAGGCCGAGCAUAUAUGCACGAGAAACUCUGUCACCGUGGCGCAUGCGGCGCCUGUAGAGAAGCCAUCUUUGAUGAGAUCUCUUGCAAUUGCGGUCGGACUGUGCUUCACCCGCCACUACCAUGCGGCACUCAGCCGCCUCCUUGUCCACACCAAUGCAAUAGGCGCACCGCAUGUGGCCAUCCCCCAGUCAACCACCAAUGCCACGGCGAUGGAGAGUCCUGCCCCAAGUGCCCGUACCUUGUGCAGAAGACAUGCAUGUGUGGCAAGAAAAUCCUUAAAAACCAACCUUGCUGGUCCACCCAGAUCUCCUGUGGACAGACUUGCGGACAUCGCCUUCGUUGUGGCAUUCACUCGUGCCAGAAGCCAUGCCAUCGGGCUGGCGAUUGUGAGGAUGCUUUCCUCACCCAAUGUCUCCAUGUCUGCGGUAAGACCAAGACCACACCCGGUUGCGGCCACGUUUGCCUCGAGCCCUGCCACGCGCCAUAUCCGUGCAAAGAAGACAAGCCGUGCCAUGCAAAGGUUAUCAUAA